AUGGACACAGAGGAGGAUAUAUGUAUACCACCUCAAGACAAAGAUCAAUCAUUCGAUUCAAUAUCUGUUACAUUGGAUAGCUAUAAAGAUGAAGAACAUGAAGAUAUAGAAAUUGGAAAGCACAGACUCCCCGCCAAUGACGAUCAUACACAUACAUCCACCAAGUCCAAGACCAAGUCCAAAUCAAAGUCAGAGUCCGAGCCAGAGCACAAGCCAGAGGAAUCUCACAAAAAGAAACGCAAGUCGAAGUCUGAGCAUCAACCAGCAGAACAGCCAGAGAUGACAGUGACUUUGACAGAGUACGAGACCGAGCCUGAGCCAGAGCCAGAGCAGGAGCCAGAACCUGAGGUUCAACAAACAGAGGAACGACCAAAGAAAAGGUCAAAGAAGUCAAAGAGGACAGAGAAGGAGAAAACAACAAAACGACAAGGACAACAAUACGAGGAGAUUGUUAUUAUGGUGAAUGAUGAUGUCGUAGACUUGGAGGCAAUGAAUAACAAAGUGAUCGAUCCAAUCACCAUUGAAGUUGAGGAUGGCGCUUCAGUUGCAAGCUGGGCCAACAAGAUCAGUAGUCAACCAAUCAACUCAAUCGACAUUGAACAACUUCAGGACAAUCAAAGACGCAAAGCCAAAAAGAUAGAUCGUCUCGUUGAACAAAGAAAGGACACUUCCAAGUUAAACUCAGUAUUGGCCGAAUGCUUGAACAACUUUUGCACAGGACAGCUGCUAGAGGAGAUUGUAGUGCUGGCCACAAUGGGAGAAAACUGUCUAGAUUACAGCAAGGAGCAAUUGAACUCAGUAGCUACAUUCUUUGAAGACAUUAUCAAAAACAAGUUCUCAAUGUAG